AUGUUGAAAAAGCAAGUUGAUUUCUCUCGAGUUGAGUUUCUAGAGAAACUGGUACUGGUUUUGGAAAAGGGGACAAGGGAACUGAUUAAUCACGAGGAGAGGGGUAAACUAUUACAAGCAAUGGAUGGUUGCAGCUAUGAGGCAGCAGCUGGAGGCUCAUUGUCCAACACUCUUCUUUUACGGGUACUCAACUUGUCUUUUACUUUUUUUGUUGACCCUUUACUCGCUGAGUCGUCUGAUCAAGAGGACGAUGAUGAUCUUGCUCCUGAUCGUGCAGCUGCUGAAGUUAUUGACACACUAGCUAUGAACCUGCCAAAGUAUGUGUUCCCCCCUGUUUUGGAAUUUGCUUCCGUGUACUAUCAAAAUACAAAUCCGAAGUGUCGGGAAGCGUCUGCAACAGCUCUAGGUGUUAUAUCAGAGGGUUGCUUUGAUAUGAUGAAAGAGAAGCUGGAACCUGUUCUUAAUAUAGUCUUAGUAGCGAUUGAAGAUUCAUCUGAAGAAGUGAAGGAAAAGUCACACUACGCUUUAGCAGCAUUCUGUGAGAACAUGGGAGAGGAAAUUGUUCCUUUGCUUGAUCAUUUAAUGCAGAAGCUUAUGGCCGCCCUCAAAAGUAGCCCGCGUAAUCUACAAGAGACAUGCAUGUCUGCAAUAGGGUCGGUUGCUGCUGCUGCUGAGCAAGCAUUCAAUCCAUAUGCUGAGAGCGUUCUAGAGUUGAUGAAGUUUUACAUGGUUCUCACCAAGGACGAGGAUCUUCGUGCCCGUGCAAGGUCUACUGAGCUUGUAGGGAUUGUCGCAAUGUCUGUUGGGAGAAAAGGGAUGGAGGCGAUUUUGCCACCUUUCAUUGAUGCUGCAAUAUCAGGAUUUGAAUUGGACUUCAGUGAGUUGCGAGAAUAUACUCAUGGAUUCUUCAGCAACAUAGCUGAAAUAUUGGAUGACGCUUUUGCCCAGUAUUUACCUCGCGUUAUAGCUGGCCACUACGAGUUAGCACCGAUGUUUGCACUGACUAUGAUUGGUUGACUGUAGAAAAUACCUUCAGAAUAUUUCGUAAAUCAAUAAUCCUGCCUUCUUGAUGCUAUUGUCUAUUUAUGCUCGACAAUAGCUUUUAUAUAUACAAACGCUCUCAGUUCUUUUUGUUUUGGAUGCUUAAGAUCUUAAACACCCUUUAUUUUGAAAGGUUUCUUUUCAAUGCCUCAACUGGUCAGCAGAAUCGGGGUCAUUGG